AUAAACAUACCUUGACUCUGGGUCGGUUUCUGUUUCUAAAAAUGGCGGCCACGGGAGCCGGGUCUCCGAGCCGCUUGGUCCAGUAUGUGGUCGUCCGGUCGGAUCUGGUCCACAAGCUGUCCUGGCCCCUGGGGGCCGUGAUAACUCAGGCCUGCCACGCCGCUACCGCCGCCAUCCACCUUCACUACGGGGACCCGGACACCCAGCAGUACCUCGCGGACCUGGACUCCAUGCACAAAGUGGUGCUGGGGGUGAGCCGGACUCUACGGUUAUGUCGUGUAUCACAAUACAUGCCCCAGACGAGGCUGCCCUCUCCAGUCUAUCGGACAGUCUUGCACAGGCCGGUGUGGCCCACAAGCUUUGGGUCGAACAACCAGAGAACAUCCCCACCUGCUUGGCUCUGAAGCCCUGUCCAAAGGAGGCGGUGCAGCCGCUGCUGCGCAAGUUCAAACUCUUCAAAUGACUGCCUUCAAAGGCAUCGGCCAGCUGUGCACGACCGUGCACGUCAGUCACCAAUUUCAUCUUUUAAAAGGAGAACAUCUAAAAAAGUUGUUCUCUUCAUCUCAGCGAAUCCAAACGCCUGUAAUGUCCAAGAUUAAAGUCGGGGAAAUAUGAAGUUAUUUUCUGCAUUACUUUGUUCAGGUGGUGAGGGGGGGAAAAACACAAAGGAAGAAUUUGUUUUUGCAAUUAUGUUAAUAAAGCAAUUAAUAGGCAAUAAUCUAGUAAAUGGGGUGUAAAUAUACUAAUGUAAAACAAAAAGAUGAAUUUUACUUUAAAAAAACAAAACAAAUAUAGUUACAAAAAUAGUUGCACAUUUCCCGAGUGGUUUAAGUCUAAGUCUGUAACGUGACCGCUUAAACACUCAGCACACCUUCACAGGAAUCCUGUCUACCAUCUUAGUACAUGUUACACAAAGACCGGCACAAAUAAUAAAGUCGGAGUACCAAACAUGAACAGUUUAAGUAGGAACAGUCUAUUGCAGCUGCAACAUGACAUUCCUAAAUGUGUGGAUCUGUGUUUUAAGGAGGAUUACUCCAUGUUUACACUGUGUGGCUGCUCAGUACAUACAUGCAGUGACACAUACAAGCUUAUCGAGCAUCAAGUCUGUAAUGCAGGUCGUGACCUCGAACGCAUCUCCUGGAAUACAGUCAGUACUGAACUGUUUUACCUCUGAAAUGGAAUCUCCAGUUUUCUUUUGACAAGAUGAUUAUGUGUCAAAACUAUUAUUACCAUACAAUUUAUGAGUGUUUUCAAAGGGGGUAAUAAAAAAAAGGUGUUUCAACUGA